GUCUCUUCAGUGUUCACGGAAAGCAUAUUUGGGUUCUUUACUUCUAUUGUAGCCUGGAAUUGAAAGUUACCGCCAUUGUUCUUAUUAUUAAUCUUCACUACCAUCACAUCAAAAAGCUUCUAAAUCUUCGUCAACAAUUCUGAAAUUCCCCAUUUUUAGGUUUACUGCUGGAGCCUCCUUCUUAUCAUGUGCGCUUCUCCAUGGCGAACUUGAGGACCGACUCUCCAGUCGCUUGUCGCAUCGUUCGUGCCUUUCUCGACUUCCUCAACUCCGUGGAAGCUGGUCCAGGUGUUGAUGUUGAAGGCCUCGAGGUCGCAAAACAAUGUUUAGAACAAGUCUUUCAAGUUGAGUCUCCUGCUGCUGAUGAGUUAACGGAAUUGGAUUCGCUAGUAGAAAUUUUUAGUUCGCCGGAAUCUUUUCAGCGUUCUCGAACCAGUUCAUUUGUUGAUAAUGGAGCUAUUCCAUUCGGACAUCACAGUCCUCUCAAUGUGAAUGAUUCUGAUGCCAAUUUGUCAGAGUCAAAACCUCAGGGUGGUGAUUGGUCGAGAGAAUCUCAUUCUGUAGGAGUAUUGCAAGAUGAACUUUUUGGGCAAUUUGUUCUUGCGCUUGAAAAACUUCACUAUUUUAGGACCACAGCAGAUGGGAGGGAUGAUCCUGACCAACUCGAGCGAGCAACACGUUUGUUUCAUGAUGCUCUUAGAGAGAUGGAAAGAUCUGGAUGCCCUGAAAUUAAUCACAAAAAUCUGGCUGAGUCCUUGAAAUCCCUUGGUACCAUGACUAUUACAAAUCUCUACUCUAGUAACAGGGCUAUGCAGUCAAAACUUUACUCUGACGCAAUUGAGUUGUAUAGCUGUGCAAUUGCAUUAUGUGAAAAUAAUGCCAUUUACUACUGUAACAGGGCAGCUGCGUACACUCAAAUCCAGAAAUACUCUGAAGCAACAAGAGAUUGUUUGAAAUCCAUUGAAAUUGACCCAAAUUAUAGCAAGGCAUAUAGUCGUCUAGGUGUGGCUUUAUACGACCAGGGGAACUAUCGCGAUGCUAUUGAUAAAGGAUUUAUGAGAGCGUUGCAGUUGGAUCCAAACAAUGAAGCUGUCAGGGAAAAUAUUCGAGUAGCUGAACAGAAGUUAAAGGAAGCACAGCGACAAACUCAGCAUGAGCAGGGUUCAACAAGUCGAAGUCAAGAAUCCCAAAAUCAGUCUGGUGGUGGAGGGUCAAGGAAUGACAGCCCCCCAUCUCCUCCUUUCCCUUCUAUGCCAUUUAAUGUCACUCUACCGUCUGGAAUUUCGGACAUGUUUAUGAACAUGGCUGCUAACGCUACAAACCCAUUCCACGGGCAGCACUCCGAAGAUGGGGGAGAAGAGAAUAGAAGCAGAAAUGGUUCGGGAGAUCCCAGAACGAAUAUGAAUGGGAAUUUCAGUUUCAGCAUUGGAGAUGGGAUGCCACAGGAUCUGAAUGGUGCUUUGAGAUCUAUGAUGCAAAUGUUUACUGGAGCAGCACCUGGUGGAAACCCUCAGAAUAAUUUCAAUGGAAGACCCCCACAAGGCUGAAAACACUUGGUUAGUUUGUUGCACAGAGUUCCCUUUAUUUCUCUCUCUCGUUCUCUCUCUCUCUCUCUCAAAUUUAUUUAUUUUGGUUUUCUCGUAUUUUGUUGACUUCCAUUUUCCUUUACAUCCUUUGGGGCGGUUUCCUCUCGUAUAUGGCAUGGAUCUUUGAGACAAAAAUAUACGGUUUUGAACAGACUCAGCCUUCAAAUAAAUGUUAAUUAUUUUCCUUGUUAUUUAUUUAUUAUUAGUAUUAAAAAAAAUGAUUAAAAUAC